AUGCUGCUGCAAGCCGCACGUCCCAUCUCCUUUGGCGCCGUCGGCACCCCCUCCCACGCCGCGCCCUCGCCCGGCCUGUCCUCCGGGAGCAGCCACCAGCACCAGCACCAACACUACCACCGCAGCCCCUCGGCGUCGAGCGACGCCGUCUCCAUGCCGCCGCCGCCGCCUCACACAAGCACCACCACCACCGCCACGAACCGCCGCCGGCCGCCGCCGCCGCACGUCCAGCAGCUGGUCGACGCGCUCACCCACCAGCGCGCCAACACCAUGACGGCGCUGUGCCGGCUGGGAGCGCCGCGCCGCCGCCUGCGCGCACCCCGAGACGCGCGCGCCCUGCAGGCGCCCAUGACGCGCGCCUGGGCGCGCUACGUCACCAGCCACCAGCUGCUCAGCGAGCUGCGCGGCCUCACCCGCGGCUUCCCCGCCAGCGCCGCGCUCGUCGCCGAGGCCCACCGCCGCGUCCGCGCCGACCCCGCCAGCAACCGCUCCUGGAACCUCGCGUGGCUGUGCCUCGCCCGCAUGCGCGACGACGACGGCCUCAUCGCCACCUACGCCGUCGAGGAGGCCUCGCGGCCCGACAUGUGGGGCGGCAUGCUGCCUGCCGAGGAGGAUGUCCUCCGCCUGAGUGGUUGCUUCUCGCGCGAGUGGACGCUGGCCGUGGCCGUCUUGCUCAAGCACUGGCCGGUGCCGCCGACUUGGUAUUGA